AUGAUGGAAAGAAAAGAAAAAAAAUCAUUCGAUCGAUCAUCGUUGUCCUCGCCGAGUACAUCAAUUGAUUAUGAAGUUUUGGUUGAUAAGUCGAACAACGAUCACAACAACGAUGUCACGCCGAACGAAGCUCAAAAGUCUUCAUCCUUUUUAUCGGACGAUCAGUUUGUGUCACAAAUCAUCAAAGUUCUUGAUUUAAAUGACGAUUCAACUGAAUCAAAAAUGCUUGCUAAACAGUUAAUCGUAAAAGGUCGUCAAGCUUUGCCUGAAUUUGAGGAUGAUAUUGCACAUGAUGUGUAUAAAACACAAAUAAAUAAAGAUGGCAGUGAAUUAUUAAAAGUAUUAAAGAACUACACAGAACAACAAUGGCAGUGGAACACUGAAACAUGGCUCCAAACAUGCCGUUGUGGGAACGGCUCUUAG